CUAAGCAGGGCCCGGGCUGGAAUACAAGAUGGCAGCCCCGGCGGGGAGGGAGAGGCGGAGGCGGGAUAGCAGCGAACGGACUGGAGUCUAUGACGGAGCUUACCCUGGUUUCAGAGAUGGCCCGUGAAAAUCAUGGGAGUCCCCAAGAGGAGGCAGCCCUGAUCAGCCUCUCCCCAAGCACAUCACAUUCACCCCGGCCCGCUCGUCCACACACUGACCUUCCAGAUGAACUUGUUCAGGCUGGCUGGGAAAAAUGCUGGAGUAAGAGGGAGAGCCGGCCUUAUUACUUUAACCGCUUUACAAAUCAAUCGCUGUGGGAGAUGCCAGUGCUUGGUCAGCAUGAUGUCAUUUCGGACCCUCUGGGUCUCAAUGCGGCUCCAGUUCCAGCAGAAGGAGCAACUCCAGAGACACCCAAAGAGAACAAGUCCCAAAAGAGGAGACUGUCUGAAGAGAUGUCAAGUGGUGAAAUCAUUAAGAAGCCAAAGAUGGAUCCUACACCUGUUACUCCAACAGCAGCAGUACCCAGCUCGCCGAUAAUUCCUGGGGUGUCUUUGGAUGAAAAGCAGCUUACCGCCCUACUGAAAGUUACUGAUAUUUACUGGGAUUUGGACAUUCAGAGCAACAUUAUGGUAAAACCACCACCAUCUUCACAUGCUCUACCCCCACCCUCGCAAGCACUACCACCACACCCUGAAGUAGAGCUUCUACGCUCACAGCUUGUACUGAAGUUGCGGCAACAUUACCGAGAGCUGUGCCAGCAGAGAGAGGGCAUUGACCCUCCUAGGGAAUCUUUCAACCGCUGGCUUCUGGAGAGAAAAGUUCUUGAUCAUGGCCCAGACCCCCUUCUGCCUAGUGACUGCGACCCUGCAGUAUCUCCAUCCAUGUUCCGAGAAAUCAUGAAUGACAUUCCCAUGAGGUUAUCAAGAAUUAAGCAUCGUGAAGAAGCAAAGCGCCUUCUGUUUAAAUAUGCUGAGGCUGCCAAACGGCUUAUUGAAUCAAGGAGCGCCUCUUCAGACAGCAGGAAGCUGGUGAAGUGGAAUGUGGAAGACACGUUUAGCUGGCUAAGGAGAGACCACUUAGCAACCAAGGAGGACUAUAUGGACCGACUGGAACAUCUUCGUAGACAGUGUGGCCCCCACAUGACGGCUGUGGCCAAAGAUUCAGUGGAGGGUAUAUGUAGUAAAAUAUUUCACAUAUCUCGAGAGUAUGUGAAGAGGAUUCGUGAGAAGCACUUGGCACUACUUCGUGAAGCCAACAUACCAGAGCCUGGCCCAGUAAGUUCGUCACCAGACAAACGGGUGAUGUGUCAUCCUGUACGACUGUCUGUACCAACACUGCCCUCUCAAGGAGGGGUGGAUGUGCAGCUGGAGGGAAGCUUGGUGUGUGUGCGAUAUAAAGGGGAAUCAGUGAGGGUUAAUCAGAGCUAUUUCAGCAAACUGUUUCAGCUCUAUCGCCUCAGCAGUAUAGAUGAUCCUGGAACAGACAAGUUCCUGGCUCGGGUGUGGUGUCUUUUGCGCAGAUAUCAGGUGAUGUUUGGCACUGCACAGUUUGAGGGAUCUGGUCUUCAGGGGGCACUACCAGUCAAUGUGUUCCAGGCUCUUCACCGAAUUUUUGGAGUUACUGCUGAAUGCUUUGCUUCCCCUUUAAACUGUUAUUUCAAGCAGUACUGCUCAGCCUUUCCAGACACAGAUGGAUACUUUGGGUCCAGGGGGCCUUGUCUGAGUUUCUUCCCAGUCAGCGGUUCCUUUGAGGCAAAUCCUCCAUUUAGCGAAGAACUAAUGGAUGCCAUGGUGACACAUUUUGAGAACCUUUUGGAGAAUUCAGAGCAGCCUCUAUCAUUCAUCAUCUUUAUACCUGAGUGGAGAGAUCCUCCCACACCUGCCCUCAUUCGCAUGGAGAACAGCCGCUUCAAACGACACCAGCUGCUUCUUAAUGCCUUUCAGCAUGAAUACCGCAGUGGAGCCCAGCACCUGUGCAAGAGGGACGAGUUAUACUACAAGGCAGUGCACAAUACAGCUGUACUGUUUUUGCAGAAUGAGCCAGGCUUCAUAAAGUGGGGGCCUACCCCAGAACGUGUGCAGGAGCUUAGUGCAGCAUACAAACUCUCUGGGCGAGUAUCCAGUUCUUUAGGAGGAGGCGACAAGGAAUCUACACAAGAGGAGGGCACUAGCAAGGACAGCACAACAACCUAAAGAUAUAUAGACUGGGAAUGUUCCCCUUUUGUAAUUGACACAGUGGGUGCCAACCUACCAGGCAGCAUGUCAUAAUUUGAUAAGGGUAGAAGGAUACAUAAACACUCACUUUAAAGGGCAGAGCUUGGGCCUAUCCAAUCCAGUGAGCAGUUUACAGGCUGCCCCUAUGCAGAUGAGGCAAAUCUCUGGCGUCUUAUAGGUUGCAGAAUAGACUUUUCCAAGUCUUAAAGAAGGAGUGCUCCUCUCAGUCCCAUAGGGCACAACAUAUAUUUUUACUUACUAUUUAAUGCAACAAUUUAGGUCCUUAUACAGAUCAACCCUGUUCCAGUUAUUUGGAAAAGGGACAUUUGCGAACGCAUAUUUGUGCUGUGUGGCCUCUAGUAAGCAGGAACAGAACUUCUACCCUUUGUUAAACGGUGCAAGGAGCAGUGAUUUAACUCUGUAUAGGAGAGUAUGGGCAUUACAUUUCUUUAUAGGAUAUGUGAAUAUACUAUGGUUUAAACUGAAAGGAGUAACUGAAUUCCGUAUGAAUGUGUAUGGACGAUAGUGGUAACAACAUUCUUAUGUAUGAAAGUGUAAGAACAGAAAAUGUUGUUCCACUUUAUACAAAUUGUAAUGAGGUGAAUUGUGUUUAAGCUGUUUGAGGUAGUACUGCUUUCUUGUGUGAAUGUGUUGAACUUCACUGCUUUUCUGUAUGAAGGUGACCUAGAGCAAUGCUCCUUUGCAUGAAGGGGUGGAGGAGUUUUGUAGCUCUAUUCUGUAUAUAGUUUUAUGUUGUACUUUUAUUGUACUUUGCCUCUUGGGAGAGAUGUAAACUUUUGCAUGUUAUCUCCCUUACCCUUUUUUGUGUGUUUCUCGCAUUGUGAUUGGUGCACUUUGUUAUGUGCUAAUUAUUUCAUGUAAUUAAUUUAAUGUCUAACCAUUUUAUUACUUUUAUCAAACAGUAAAAGUCUAUUUUUGA